UCGCGCCUCCCCCGAGCGGCUUUGUUCACGGAACGAGGUGAUUGCAGUGGACUGGAAAGGCCUAAAGGAUGUGGAUCAGAUCAACAUGGACAGCACCAGCUCUCUGCAUGGGAGCAGCCUCCACCGGCCUUCUACCGAGCAAACGAGGACAGAUUUCUCCUGGGACGGCAUCAAUCUGUCCAUGGAGGACACCACUUCCAUUCUUCCCAAGCUUAAGAGGAACUCUAAUGCCUAUGGCAUUGGAGCCCUGGCCAAGUCCUCGUUCUCAGGGAUCUCGAGGAGUAUGAAGGACCACGUGACAAAGCCCACAGCCAUGGGACAGGGCCGAGUGGCCCACAUGAUUGAGUGGCAGGGCUGGGGGAAGGCCCCAGCGAUUCAGCCACAGCACAGCCACGAGGCCGUGCGCAGGGAUACGGACGCCUACUCCGAUCUCAGCGACGGCGAGAAGGAGGCACGUUUCCUAGCAGGUGUCAUGGAGCAGUUUGCUAUUUCUGAGGCCACGCUCAUGGCCUGGUCUUCUAUGGAUGGUGAGGAUCUGAGUGUCAACUCCACCCAGGAGCCACUAGGCUGCAACUACAGCGACAACUAUCAGGAGCUGAUGGAGAGUCAGGAUGCCCUGGCUCAAGCCCCCAUGGAUGGCUGGCCUCACUCCUACGUAUCCCAGGGCAUGUACUGUCUGGGGUCCUCAGAUGCCUGGGAAGCCAGCGACCAGUCCCUCAUUGCCUCUCCAGCCACAGGAUCCUAUCUUGGCCCUGCAUUUGAUGACUCACAGCCCAGCCUGCAUGACAUGGGGCCUUCCCAGCCUGCAUCAGGAUACUCUGCUCAGGAGCCUCCGCCUUUGCUGGUGGGGGACACUGACUGGGCCCCAGGGCUGGGUGGGGUGGACCUGGCCAGAGGGGGCCCUGUGGAGGAGGAGAAGAGGCCUCUGGCCACUGAGGAGGAAGAGGAUGCAGGAUGUCGGGACCUGGAAUCUCUUUCUCCGCGAGAAGACCCUGAAAUGUCCACUGCUCUUAGCCGGAAGGUGUCUGACGUCACCUCCUCGGGUGUGCAGUCAUUUGAUGAGGAGGAGGGGGAGGCCAACAACUAGCUUCUUUGUACCCUACUCCCUCCUGAGGGGCAUGGCUGCAACCUACACCCUCCCUUGCCCCAGCAGCAGGGCUGAACCCCGGGGCAGAAGACAACGGG